AUGAGAGCUCUAUUUCUUCUUUUUUACUUAUCAGAAGCAGUGACCAACCUCAGGGUAAGCUCAAGAAACAAGUUAACAUGGGAAGAAGAAGAUCAGUCAGUUGCAACGGGAAUUAAUCAAAAUAACACUUACUAUUUGAUUAUCGUCCAAAGCGGGUCGCCGGAGCAAGACUUUAAAAAAGCUGUAUCGAAAAAGGCUGAGUAUAAUGUCAAGCCUUUUCAAGAGCCAGAAAAAGGGAGACCCGAAGGGGCAAAUCAUCUGACAAUAAUGCCUCUUUCUCGAGAGAAUGGGAUGAAGAAAAAAGUGGUCCACAUCACGCUUGAGCAAAAGAAUUUGCCAAAACUUCAAUCUUUCAGCGAAAAUAAAGACCUGCUUCCUCCAACAGGUUUAUACUCGUCAAACAUCGAUUAUUUCCGGUUCACUAUCGACUGGCGCCCUUCUUCUAGCGACGAAAGACAAUUGUUCUAUGUCAGACUAUACGAGCUUGGUUACAGUAUGUCUAAUCCAAAAGAAACUUGGAUUAGAGAUUACAUGACUCGAUCUCCUUACUUUUCUCCGUUCAUGCUGAAGUCAGCGAUGUAUCACAAAAUUGAGAUCUACACCCUCAAAGACUCAACUCCUUAUGGCUACGAACGGUCCGUCUCAGCUGCAAUCUUGAUGGAAGUCAAGACUUUGGGAGUUGCCCCGCAGAUCGAGAGCUGUGAGCAUUUCUACUGCGACCAGGAUGAUAGCGAAAGGCAAGGAAGACAGGUUAAUGUUGAUAGCCAAUCAUGCAAAGCGCUAAAUUCGCUUUGCUGGAAUGAUGCCGACGACAACUCCAACGACGGAGAAUGCUAUACGAAGUUGUCUAACGAAGAGUGUCAUCCCAAUCCCCUCUGUCGAACCGUGAAAAAGGAUCAAAUCAGCUGCCUAAGAGUUAAUGGAACUUGUCCCAUCUCAUGCUGCGAAUCUGAAGAUCAGAUCAAUUGCUACAAAGCAAGAAAAUGUGAAGCUCGAUAUUUACCCGACGGUCGUUACGUCUGUGAUACUGAAAGCAUCGAAUGCAGAGCCAUCUGCAAUCCCGGAUUCAUAAACAUCGGCAAAGACAUAGUCACGUGCACAGACAACGGUUGGGAUGGACGAGGUGAGUGCGUCCGUCCCAGCUGCGGACCUCCCCAGCUUCUUGCUUCCUAUCCAGCAACUUUCUCCAGCUGCACGAAUCAAGACUUUGAGGGAAGCCAAUGCAUGAUGGACUGCGAUGACAUCACUGAAAACGGAAAAGGAGCGCGGCAGUUUCUUCAUCCUUGGAAUAACAAGAAAAUUACUUGCAAAAAGGUUGGCGAAAGAGAAUAUGAGUGGCAAAAUGAAUAUUCAAACAAGGACAAAGUCCAUCCAGGUUGCUUGAACUACACGUUUUUUCUUCAAACUGAAGGGGUUGGUAUUGAAGCUGAAAGUGAAGCAUCGACGUAUAUUUGGGCACACUGGCUGUUGAACAUGAAUAACAUCUUUGUCUGCGCUGAAGGGGAUGAAAACAGCUUCAUUUGCGACGUCGGAACUUGUAUUGCAAGCAGAUUUGUCUGCGAUGGCUUCGACAACUGCGGUGAUGGUUCUGACGAGAAAAACUGUGAAAUAAUAUUGAAAGAUAAGAGCGGAUCAAUCACGACUUCCUCUUUCGAGUUCUAUGUCGAGCCUAAAUUUGUCAACAUUAAAGUCGUACGAGAAGACGGAGUUGAUGACAACGCCCAAAUUGACAGCGGAGUUGAAGUAUUAGACAUCGUCGACGGCCGAUAUAAAAAACUUUAUAAAGUCACAGGGGCAACAACCAACACUCAGUACCGAGUCACUGCUAGCUGGAACAAUUUAGAAAAGAAAGAGCUUCUGGUAACAACUGCUCUCAUCAAACCGGUUCAAGUUAAUCAUGUCAACAAGGAUGAAAAUGUAGAGAUAGAAUGGUCGAUGGAUGAGUGGAGUGAUGAUGAUGUAGCUAAUCUACGUGAAUUCAUUUAUAAUGUGAUUGUUUCCGACAGUAGGUCCUUGGUAGAAAGUUCCCGUAAGAGAAGAGAGGAUGAAAAAGAACCAAGAAAUUGUGUCAACAGCUGUCGGGAUGUGAACAUUGGUCCGAACAUCCGCAGUGUCAAAUUCACUGUACCACUUGAUAAGGAAUACAGUUUCAGGCUGACUGCAGUCUUCAAAAACGGCAAACAGACCGACACCCUCGUUCUCAAUGGAGAAACCCGGGAACCAGCGAUUAAGAAAAUAACUCAAGUUGGAGGUCGGUCAACGAUGGCGAGUUUUGAGGUUGAAGCUGAGAUCGGAGCUUCUGUUGAAGGAGUCUUGGGAAAACUUAUCUCAAAUGAAGACUGGACUUUUGAAGUCGAACGAGAAGAUGACGCGCCAGAAAAUAUUAUCCAGCUUAAAAACUUGCCUGUCAACGAGGCGGAUCAGAUAAUUCUAGCGCCGAAACUCAAAACUUUCCACGAUCAGACCUUGCGAUUGGGUGCUGAAGUGACCCUCGACUUCCGAACACUGCCUCUUCUCAAUCCAGAAAUUGUCAAACGAACCAAUGAUUCUCUGACUGUAUCUUGGACGAAGCAUGAACAAUUUGUCAAAUAUGAAGUGUUUAUUUCAGGAGUUUUUCCAGAUAUCGGCCAAAGUCAAGUCCAAGAAACCGUUUCUUGCAUAACAGAAUGUCAGAAUUCAAUUCUCUUUGAGAACCUCAAUCGAGAAACUUUUUAUAAAAUCGAAGUUUUCGGUUAUGAAGACGAUGAAAAUUAUUUCACUGAUGGUGAAACGAUUACUGUACCUACAAUCGGCACAUUUCCAACACUCACAAUCUCGCUGACGCGCAAGACGACUACUACAGCCGAUUUCUCCCUCUCAUUUUCGUUCCCUUGCAAAAACAUGCAACUCGUUGAGGAAUCAAAAACGCCUGGCGGAUACAUUCCUCACCCUUCAGUAUACUUAGAGGAGACACGAGCCCUCGGAUUAAAAACAAACACGAGCUGUGAUUCGGAGUCAAUGACUUGUCAUGCAUCAGGGCUUGUUCCAGAGCUUGAACACACGAUAAGACUUUCGGCAACGUGUGGAGAAGAAUCAAACAGAGCUACAGUUCGGUCGACCUUGAAAUUUGUUACCAACAAGCUUCCUCCCUUUUUCGACGAUCUUCGCAUAUCAUCAACUGAGAUCACUGGCUUUUGGACAGAAGACGACGAAGCUCAAAAAUACAUCAUAGAGAUCGAAUAUCCAAAUGAAGAUCCGAUUAAAAUUGAAAGAAUGAAUGACAAAAGUCAAACUUCUUUUAACAUCAACAAUGAUUAUAGAAGCGACAAUUUCACUCUCAAAAUCAAAUCAUACUAUAGCGAAACAAGCGAAACUGACUACGGAAUCAUUCCCAAUCUACAAUUUCAGCCUCCAAUCACUGAUUUCAAGCCAACAUAUCUCAACCCAACGAUGGUCAACCUUUCCUACGAUCAUCAACAACUGGCCGUUAGAGUUGAAAGUCAGAUAUCAGAACUUCAAGAUGGAUUUUCAGGAGAACCAGAUAUAGAGGGCAAGUACUGGACUUUGUUUCUAGUUAAAGAUGAUCCAGCUGAAAUAAUUGAAGCGAGACUUCGGGUAUUCUAUGAAGAUGCACUGACGAAUACUCUUUACAAAAAUUCAUAUGUCUGCAAAAUGACAUUUCUUCCUACUGAUAAGGAGCCAUGCGUAGGACAUGAGACAGUUGUGACACGACUUUCUGAUUGGAAUAUAUUGACAGUGGAAACUGCAGUGCGGAUUUUUCCGGAAAAAGUAGAAGGACAAGGUGGCUUCGGGUUGAUUUCUUGGUCACAUGAGCGCAAUUAUAGCGACACUCUUAUUCCUAUUUACAAUAUCAGAAUCUGCGAAGAAGGUGUGUGCACAAAAGCAUUCGAAGAAAAUGGAAAAUGGGAGGAUGCAGGAUCGACGACGGAAACAUUUUUCAAUGCAACUGGUGAUCCAGAAGGUUGGCCCGCUAUUUUCACUGUUCAAGCAAUUUAUCAAGAAGCUGAUCCGUUGAUUGAGUCAAAUAUUUUAUUCCCGCUUCAAUUCGAAAAGGGAGUCGCAAUUCCUGAUAUCGAAAUCAUAAUUGACCAUGAAACGAUUCGCUCAACCUCGAUUUUUGUAAAAUGUAAAACGCCAUAUUUUAAAGAAAAUAAGGAUCAGGAAAACGAAAACGUUAUACCAGCCAAAACAGUUGUUUUGAAAGCGACGAAUGAAGACGAUAAGGACUCUCCUCAUGAGUGUAAAGUGAAAAGAUCUGAUGAUCAACAAUCGGGUGAUUGUACGUUUCGAGGACUCCUGCCUUCUACAACUUACGACUUCAAUCUACGAGUGGAAUGGGAUGAAUUCGGAGCUUUAUCGAUCCAGAAACCAGCUACAACAGCUCCUGCCCCACCAUACGCAAUGGAAGAAAUCGCAAAGACAUCUUCCAUCGAGCUCAAAUGGUCAAAUAGAUGGAAGAGUAAAGAGAUAUCCCGUCAUCUGAAAGGAUAUGAAAUCAGUGCUAUAACCGCUGAUGACACAGAAGACAGGGCCGAACGAAAAUUUGGGACAGAAAUUGCCGAAUGGUUAGACGCUAAUUUAACGACGACGGCAAAAAUAUUGAUCUCGAACAGCUCGGAAGCCACUUAUCAGAAAGAACUUUUCCCUCUUACUGGUUAUAAGAUUACAGUCGUCGCUGACUUGGGUGAACUUGGCAAAACUGACGAGUUGAUUAUUGAAGGACGAACUGCUCUGCCACCACCUGAUCUCAAAUUUUUCAGCGUUGAAUCUUCUUCCGUCACCGUAUUUUGGCCUUUUCAUGAGGUAGAACCUAUUGGAUUUGCGAGUACCAUGGACAGUGAGGCUGACAAUGACGAAGAUAAUACAAUUAACGGAAAUCCGAUAAAAAGCAAAAAUGACGGCUAUUACCUAACUUACGUAAGCGAUCUUUUCCCAAAGAAAGACGUUACCAUUAAUGUCUCUGUUUGGACUGAAAACAGACUCACAGAUAAAGACAGUAACUGGGCAGAGUAUCCGUGGAAACGACUUGAAUAUUCUGAUGAUGCGUCUAUCUUAACCACCUGUCCUCCUCAGAUGAAGAUCGAAGUUGGCAAUGUUCGAGAUAUUUCAACAACUCUUGAAUGGGAGGAUGUUGAUGGUGCAGAUGAAUACAUCUUAAUCUAUGAAUACAAUACUACUGAGGGAACCGGGAAAAUCAACAGUCCUUACUUUGCUGGCGGAAACAUCGUUCAUUUAGACAGCGGAAUCACCAAGAAAACGAUCAGCCCUCUUGUUCCUUUCACAACUUAUAAUUUCUUAAUGAAAGCAAAGUUCGACGCGAAAACUGAGGCAGAUAUCGAUAAAUAUACAGACAUGCUUCGGCUUUCAAUUCGAACCGCAACUGAAGCUCCUAACAUAACCCUCUUCAACGAGACGCUCACUAGCUCUCUGGUGACUUUCAACUGGCCUAAUUGUCAUGAACUCAAAUGUCCUUCUGAAGCGGGUUGUCCUUCUUGCGCCACAAUAGAAAGAAGAAAAAGACGAAAAAGAGACACGCAUUUUUUCGACUUCAAGUACGAUGUUUAUCCCAUUCAGUGGCAAGUGAAAAUAAACGGUUUGAACAUCACCGGACAUGGAGACAGCUACAUUGAUGAUGAUGAAAGUGUUCAAGAAUUAGGUAAUGGUACAACCUGCAGAGUAUAUGAUACAUCGGGCUAUCCAACUCCCCAGUUUGAAAAUCUACGUCCCGGCACUACUUACAAAGUAGAAAUCAUCGUCGAAUUCAAUGAAUUUGAGGGCAAAAAAACUCUUGUUAGGACGGACGAAAAUAGCGAAAACCCGGAAAUUAUCAAAGAAAUCGAUGCCAAAGUUGAAGUUAUCUACGACUUGCAAACACUGGAUCCUAAUGUCAAUGUUUUGCUUUUGAUCGACAACACAGAUGCAGUUGAUGGGCGAAAAGAAAUAGAAGAAGAUGUCCUGGCUUCGUUGCCAUUAGUACUGAGACAGGAGCAGAUUGAUUUCGCAGUAGAACAGGCACUGAAAAACAGUGUUUACUGGAAACGCCAGAUGAGCUUCUUACAAGAACUGAUGUCUCGACACAAGUAUAUUGGUGACGAUUCUUCUCGUUUUGCGAUGAGUCUUUACGAGGGAUAUCAAAACUUGGACGAAAUUCAUACAUUUGAGUCUCUUCAAGAAGUAGAAUAUGUAAAAGAACUGCUUGGAAAUGUUACUUAUAACGGCGGAACAUUUAUGCCCUUUCAUGGGCUUUCUUAUGCGGCGGUCAAAGGCAUUUCAACAGGACUUUUGAAUUCUACCCAGACUGAAGAAAGACCAAAUGUGAUAGUAAUGACCAUUUCGAACACUCUUUAUCUUCCAGCUUCAAUCGCAAAUGUCAUCGAAGAAACCAUCAUUAAAACCAGCCGUCUUCUCAGAUUCUGCUCGGAUGCUACGUUGAUUCCGGUUGGAGUCCAUCCACCUAAGAGUUCUAGGGGCAUUUAUGGCGAGAAGUUCGAAGAAAUGUUGAGAUUGCUUGCCUGCUGGGAAGAGGAAGAACAGAGCAUGCUGGAAGAUGAAAACUUCAAGUGCGAUGUGAACACUGGAUUCUGCACCUAUGAAAAAGGCGGUAACGAGGACUACCAGAAAAACAAAAUCAAUGAAAUAAAGGGGAAAGAAUGUCCCAAUGUCCACUUCGUCCCACAAGAUGGGAACUACAUAGAAGUCGUUGACAGCAUAAAACAACUUAUUGUUGAUAAAACUCUUGAAGCUCCUAUUGAUCCCAAUCAACCGAAAUACAUCAUCCCAAGAAAGAAUGACGACCGGCAAAGAACUUGCCUAGCUCUUCUCGCGAAAAUGACGGGAAAAUCUCUUGAAAGUCGAGCCUUCAAAACAUUUCGCGAAGGAGAACUGUAA